UUUCGUUUCGUCCCUCUGCCAAUUUUAUUCUACCGUCUUUGCGCUGCCUUCGUCGCCGUCGUGACUGCACUGCUGAUUUCUUCUGCUCCUUUUUGGUCGAUUCUCACUCUACCAUCGUCGGAGCAGAUCUGUUUUAUUGAACUCUUAUUCUUCUCAAGGUUUGGUCUGCAUUGUGUCCAUGGAAAGCAUUUCUCUACCUCACCACGGGUUUUCACUUGCUCUCCAUCGCUACGGUUAUCAAGAACUUGGGCUUUCCAGUGCUUCAUCUUCUCUGCCGAUGAAUGCAUUUAUGGGUCUUCAGUAUUGUGUCUCUCUACAUCAACGAGCAAAUUUGAGAAAUGUUGCUCAACAUCAUUGCUUCUCAUCUAUCAUCCGAAAAUAUGCUGGUGUCUCUUGGUGUUAUCCUACUCCAAACGAGAAUCUAUACAACCCUUGGCACAAUAAACUGCUUAGUGGAAAAAGAGUACCCCGGCACAUUAUUGUUAGGUCUGAACUUGCAAAAAUGGGAAUUCAUGAAGCUGAUUAUCCAUUAUCAGAAGUACCAUUGGGCUCAAAAGUCAGAGGAAUGUGCUUUUAUGCUACUACUGCAAUCACUGCUAUUUUUCUCUUUAUGCUUAUGCUGGUGGCACAUCCAGUUGUGUUGUUGAUGGAUAGAUACCGCAGAAGAAUUCAUUAUACAAUUGCUAAAAUGUGGGCAACUUUGUCUAUUGCUCCAUUUUUUAGGAUCAAAUAUGAAGGGUUGGAGAAUUUGCCCUCUCCAAACUCUCCUGCUGUGUAUGUUUCCAACCAUCAGAGCUUUCUAGACAUAUAUACACUUCUUACUCUUGGCAGAAGCUUUAAGUUCAUUAGCAAGACUACAAUAUUUCUCUUUCCCAUUAUUGGUUGGGCUAUGUUUAUGAUGGGCGUCAUUCCUUUGAAGCGCAUGGAUAGCAGAAGCCAGUUGGACUGUCUGAAGCGAUGCAUGGAGCUUAUAAGGAAGGGUGCAUCUGUAUUUUUCUUUCCCGAAGGAACACGUAGUAAAGAUGGAAAAUUAGGUGCUUUCAAGAAAGGAGCAUUCAGUGUUGCAGCAAAGACCAAAGUGCCUGUUGUACCCAUUACACUUGUCGGAACUGGUAGCAUUAUGCCAUCAGGUUUUGAAGGCAUCUUGAAUGUGGGAUCUGUCAAAGUUAUUGUCCACAAAGUUUUGGUGGAAGGGGAUCCAGAAACAUUGUGCAAUGAAGCUAGGAAUGUAAUUGCAGAUGCGCUGAGUAAAGAAUGCUGAGCUCUACCAGUAGAAAAGUUUGAAUUCAUUACUCAGAUUUCAGUUACAUAUGGAGCAUGUGUACUUUUGAUAAGUUAAUUUCCAUUUUGCAGCUUGUUGCUCAACCAAUGGAUUUAUAACUGCUCUCGAAUGCUUGAAUGAUGGCUCUUUUCACUUGUCUGAUGGUUGAUUCAUUCCCUCAGCAUACAGUGUCGGGGCUGUGCUCGCUCAGGUGUUGUUUGUCUAUGGCUGCAUGCUCAAGAUAUCCUCUUACAUUAUGUAAAAUAGUUCAUGUUCAGUUUUGUUUUAUAGAGUUUUAAGGGUUAGUUCAUCACUUUUGUAGGUGUGUCUUAUACUUACAACAGAGUGUUAGAAGUGAUCAGAUCCUUCCCUCUUGUAGUACUGUAGCCUUCAAUUGCCUUCAAACUUCAUUUUUCACUUUGUUGUCUAUAAUACUCUUUAAAACGCUAUUCACAUUUACAAAAUUCUUUUGAGUUGGAACUACGGGCAAGCCCCAAGGCCCGAACUUGGGAUUAUAAAAUUCAUUUAUGUUAAAGAUA